AUGGAGCAAGAUGGAAGUACAGCCUCAAUGGAGCCUUGCUGCAAAACCCUGAACCAUGCUGUUCAAGCUGGUUAUUAUUGCUUGUGCUUGCUGUUUAGAUCUUCUCCUUUAUUAAGCAUCAGUCUAUCAGUUCAAUUGUCUAGCUGCUACAUAUCAGUCCCAUCGUUGACUCAAUGUCAAAAGUCAUUGCCUGUAUUUCCCACACCAAAUACUCCAGAGCCUGCAUUGAAUUUUCCACCGGCUAGACCAGUGCCGGUGCAAUUGCCACCGGAAAGGCCAGAGGACCUAAUGCAACCUUCUGUUCCAGAUGAUACCACGGUGCCGUUACCUCCAAAAAGGGAUGAAAUUCGACGAAAUCCAACUUCUACAGGCAACAAUUCAUCAGUGGCCGAAGGCCGACCAAUUCUUAGCAGCGAUGUUCAUCCCAUAUUGUUGAUCCCUGAGCCAAGAUACUUGAAAUCUCAUGGUGGAGACAAAUUCAAUAUUUUGCCACGACCAAGAUUCUUGCUACCUGUUGCUUUGUUUGUCAUCCUGUAA